AAAAUUCAACUAUGUCACCUAAAUUCUCUUCUUUCCCAAUCAAACAAAAGAGAAAUUGCAAGAGUAAGGCAAAACAGCUUGUUGAAAAAUCUGAGAUGGAAGAAUGAGCUCUUUGAAAAUGGAUUCCACUAUGAAUUCCACAUUUCUAUUGUGCUUUCUUCUUUUCUCUACUUAUCUGAGCUAUGGGGUCGCGUCAAGUUCAUCUGCGACCACUACGAUGCAUACUAACAAUUGGGCUGUUUUGGUCUGCACUUCUCGUUUCUGGUUUAACUACAGACACAUGGCUAACACUUUGUCUUUAUACAGAACCGUAAAACGAUUAGGCAUACCUGAUGAAAGAAUUAUUCUGAUGUUGGCUGACGAUAUGGCUUGCAAUACUCGAAAUAAAUACCCUGCACAGGUCUUCAACAAUGAAAAUCACAGGCUAAACCUUUAUGGAGAUAACGUUGAGGUAGAUUAUCGAGGUUAUGAAGUAACGGUUGAAAAUUUUCUGAGGGUGCUGACUGGACGUCAUGAAACAGCUGUUCCAAGAUCAAAACGUCUUCUUAGUGAUGAAGGAAGCCACAUACUUCUGUACAUGACAGGGCAUGGCGGAGAGGAGUUUUUAAAAUUUCAGGAUUCAGAAGAACUUCAAAGUCAUGAUUUAGCUGAUGCAGUGAAACAAAUGAAAGAAAAGCGUAGAUUCAAGGAGCUGCUAAUAAUGGUUGACACUUGCCAAGCUGCUACUCUUUUCUCGCAGCUUCAAUCACCUGGCGUAUUGACAAUUGGGAGUAGCAUGAAAGGAGAAAAUUCAUACUCGCAUCACUUGGAUGCUGAUGUUGGCGUCUCAGUUAUUGAUCGAUUCACAUUUUAUACUCUUGCAUUUUUUGAGAGGGUGAACAUGUAUGAUAAUGCCUCAUUGGGCAGUCUUUUCAGUUCAUAUAACCCAAAUACACUGAUGUCAACGGCAUAUUAUCGAACAGAUCUAUACCCUCGCCGACUAGAAGAGGUACCCGUGACAAACUUUUUUGGUUCAGUCAUGGAGACGAUACACACUGAUUCUGCAUAUAAAGCAUUCGCUGGCAAAGACUCCAAGAAGUCUACAUUAGAGAUGCCUCUUCGGCAGUCCAGCCAAGACUUACGACGAGCACUUGCAAGUUCAGAUGUUCAGUAUCCAACUAGUGACUCAAAUGUUGAGGAUCCACAAGAUUCCUGUCCUUUCACAAACUUUUGGAUUUCUAUGCAUGGUAAAAUGAACAAGGUUGAGGGUCUUGAUAGCUGGGUGAACUAUGGCUUGUUUUUGAUGUUUCCAAUGGUGGCAAUGUCUUCUUGGAUCUAGUCUUGAAGUUUCAGAAGUGGAGACAAGACAUCAAAUGGAUACUCUGAAGGAGCGCCAUGGUCCUGCGUUGUUUCAUUUCCAUGUUUGUUGAAAAUGUUGGCCCAGUAGAAGCUGUUCUAUCUCACCAAAAAUACACAAGCAACUAGUUGAGGUGCCACCCUUGCACUGCAAAAUAGAAAUUGCAGAAACUCUUUGACAAAUAGUGCAAUGUAGAAAUUCUUCCCAAGUUCUCUGAUUUGGGAGACAUCAAAUAGUUGAGCUAUUAAUACUAUACCAUUCCAUAUGGUUUGAUUUUUAAA